UCGUGUGCCUUAUACUACACUACGACUACACCUUCCUGUAGAUACUUUAAAUUGUGGUGUUGUUGCUAUUUUUUUUUGCUGUUAAAGUUUGUCAUAACUAAUUUGUUAAGUGCUAUGUUAGUCAGUUGUUUAGUUGACAAUAUACCUUUGCGUUGAUUAGGCGUUUUAGCAGUGACUUUUUAUUAAUUUGCUUCUAUACAUAUUACAAUAAUAUUAUACUGUAUAAACAAUUUUAAAUAAUAAUAAUAAUAAUGAUUGCUAAAAAAAUAUUUCAAAAGAAGAAGAAAAAAGUGAAUGGUGUAAUUCGAAAGUGAGGAUUGUUAUAAUUUUGUUGCUGAUUUUUUCUGUUGCACAAUCGUAUUCCGAAAUACAAAACAUAAAAAAAGGAAACCAUCUCAUACCAAUAAAUAAAAUAAAAUAAAAUAAUAUAAAAACAAAGAAAAAAAGGAUACAAUUAAAAAUUCCUCAUCGAGUGUCUCGACGUAAUUCCUGUGUUCAUAAGUUUUUAAGUUGUUUUUUUUUUUAUUUUAAAUAAUUGUUGUGCUUUUUUAUAUUUUAUUAAAAUAUAAAUAAAAAGUUGGUUGUUUAGAUAUUAAAAGAAAAUUUAUUUAUCUAAUUUAAUUAAAAUAAGAUUUAAAAAAAGAAAAAAAGUGUGAACACGUGCUGAGCAUAAAAAUUAAAAAAUAAAAUAUUAAAAUUUAUAAAAAAAAGACCCCUCUGUCUCGACGACAAAAUAAAAGUGAUAUUUAUUUUUAUUUUGUAAAUAUUUUCGAAACGAAAUUUCUUGGUUUUUGUUUUUAACAUUUUCUUAACUAAGUCACUGUGUAACGUGGAUUUUUAACUAAACCUACUUGCCCAAAGGAGAACAAGAAGAAAAGGAGUUUUUGAUAAUUAUUGUUCAAUUUGGAUUAAUUUUUUUUAAUAUUAUUCUUCAAAGACAAAACUAAGAAUAAAAUAAAGCACAAUGGCCUUAAUAAUGAAAUAUAUUGAUAGCAUGCAAAGAUACAUGGACUCAUAUGGUGAUUCUAGGACAAAGGAUUGGCCAAUGAUGUCAUCACCAUUUCCAACAUUAGCGGCAUGCCUAACUUAUGUUUACCUUGUCAAGGUUUUAGGUCCCCGGUUAAUGGAAAAUCGCAAACCAUUCCAUCUGCAAUACACACUUAUAGUUUAUAAUUUAUCACAAGUAAUAUUUAGUGCAUGGCUGUUUUAUGAGAUAGCUUCUUCCGGUUGGCUAACGGGACAUUAUAACUUCCGAUGUCAGCCAGUCGACUAUAGUAAUAACCCUAGAACAUUAAGGAUGGUGAAUGCGUGCUGGUGGUACUAUUUUUCAAAAUUCACAGAGUUCUUGGACACGAUGUUCUUCGUGUUGAGAAAGAAAACUAGCCAAGUUACUACUUUACAUGUGAUUCAUCAUGGAUGUAUGCCAAUGUCUGUUUGGUUUGGAGUCAAAUUUACACCAGGUGGUCAUAGUACGUUCUUCGGUCUCCUAAAUACAUUUGUUCAUAUUGUGAUGUACACUUACUACUUAUUUGCUGCCAUGGGACCACAAUAUCAAAAAUAUUUGUGGUGGAAGAGGUAUCUUACUACACUUCAAAUGAUUCAAUUUGUUGCUAUUAUGGUACAUGCCUUCCAAUUAUUAUUUAUUGAGUGUAAUUAUCCAAAAGCAUUUGUGUGGUGGAUUGGAAUGCAUGCUGUUAUGUUCUUCUUCUUAUUCAAUGAAUUUUACAAAUCCACCUACAAAGGAAACAAUAGGAAGUACAAGAACCUUCUUAUGUUCGUGUUGCAAAGACGUGACAAAAGCUAUGUUGCCGAAACGCCGUCUACGAAUGGCCACUGCAAUGGUGAUGCAAUAACAUCCGAAAAAGCCACAUCAAAUGGCCAUUGCAAUGGCAGUACGCAAUCGAAUGGCGUCAAAUCAGCAAUGAAUGGCAGCCUCAAUGGCAGCCUAUCAAAUGGAGUACACAAAAAUGGUUCUGCGAUCACCGCGAAUGGUGGUCAUCAUCACAGCCUGCACAACAACGACUCACCCACCCCCACGGGACUGGUACAGCGGAAAAUUCAGAAAUAAUAUUAAUUUAUUUUAUUUUUAAUUUCAUUUUAUUGUAAAAUUAUAUUAUUAUAAUUUGUUUAUUCUUUAUUAUUUUAAAUUUUUUGUUUUAUAAAAAUUAUUAUUAUUUUCCUUUUCGUUUUUAGUUUUUGUUUUCUUUUUUCUUUUUAGUUAUUUUUAUAUAGACUUAAAUAAAAAUAAAACUAAAAUAGUGAUUGUAAAAAAAAGAAAAUCUGCAACAAAAUCGUUACAAAAUCAAAAAACCACACACAUUAAAAUUAAAUUUAAAUUUAAAUAAAAAUUAAAUCAAAAUCAGUCUGUAAAAAAAAAACAAAACAAACUAAAGUUAUAUAAAUAUUUAAAAAUCAAAACUUAAAAAAAGAAAAACAAAACAACAAAUCAUUCAUAAUAAAUUAUGUUAAGAGGAAAAUUGUAAUAACGUUGGUGUAAAUUUACUUUAUAAUAAAAGUUUUUAUUAUAUUCAACUGUAAAUUACUCGGAAAAUAUCUUCAAAUUAGAAAAAGAAACAAAAAUAAAACUGCAGAAUAAGCUAAGUAACUUUUUUUUUAAGAAAAAAUUAAAAAACUUAUGCAAAAGUUUAACAAAAAAACAACUAAAAUAAAACAAACACAAUUUUUACGGUGUAAGGUUAGAAAUUAUACUUUCUUUUGUAUUCAAUAGCAGCGCAAGGGUAUUCCAUGAAAAUACAAAAAUAUUAUUUUAUUUUAUAUUUUGUCUUAAACAAAUAAUAAAAAAACUUAAACAAAAUUAAAGUGUGAUUUAGUUUGUCCAUAAGUUUAAAACAAUACAAAAAUAAAUAUUUUUUUUAUUUAUACACCCAUGUUCAAAGUUCAAAAAUAAAUAAAUUAAAACUGCAAAAUUUAAAAAAUAUAAAACACACAAAUUCAAAAACGCAAAAACAAUCGAAACCAAAAAGCUAAUUUCUUUUUGUUUUAAUACAAAACACAAACUUAAAAAUUGUAAAUCAUACUUUCUAAGUUCAAAACUGCAUAUGAAUAUUAGGAAAACAAAAAAGUAAUAAUCUUAAAUAAACGAAAUUAAGAAGUAAAUUUCUUAAUAAUGUUGUUUAAUUAAUUAUUAUUUAUAUUUAUUAUUUGUAUCACUUUUUUAUACGCAAGGGCUUAAGUUUUCUUUUUAAUACAUUUUCUAUUCUUUUUAUUAUGCGUGUUUAAUAUGGGCCAUUUGUUCAAUCAUUAUUAAGUGAGAGAGCCAGCUAAACAAAUUAGACUAUAUAUAAAUAAAUCAAUAAUUAAAAAAAUUGUAAUAUAGAAAUUGCAGAUAAAAAUAAAAUUAAAAAAAAAUAGAAAGAAAUAAGAAAAUUAAUACAAAAAAAUAAACUAUAAAAAGUUUGCGAACCAAAAAAAAAAGAUUAAAAUAAAAACUAAACUAAAAUUUUGUUUACUAUGAAAAAUUUGCAAUAAAGUUGAGGAGAAGAAAAAAGAGACGAAAUAUAUUAAUGAAAAAAAUAAAACGUUUUUGUUGGUAUUUUCAAAAUAA